AUGACAAAAAGAACGGGGUGCGGAGACUGGAGAUGGCGGGCUCUUUUGUGGCAUCAUUUCUUUCUCCUGUGGAGUACAAUAGACGGACAGACUCGCUACACCAUCCCGGAGGAGCCUAAACAAGGAUAUGUGGUAGGAAAUCUAGCCAGAGAUGUGGGUUUGGGUCUAUCGGAGAUGUAUGAGCGUAACCUGCGCGUCGCCUCGGAGGCUGGUAAGCAGUAUUUCAGCGUGGAUGCGGGGAAGGGCGAGCUGGUGGUGAACGAGAGGAUAGACAGAGAGGCUCUAUGCGGACAAAGCGCCAGCUGCGUGCUACCUCUGCAGGUCGUGAUAGAGAACCCGCUGCAGCUGCACCGGAUAGAAGUGGAAAUAAAGGAUAUAAACGACAACCCUCCUACUUUUCUAACAAGUGAGCUGGCGUUGAAAAUAGCCGAAAGCACGGUCGCGGGCAUGCGCUUUCCUUUGGAGAGCGCCUUGGACCCGGACGUGGGUACCAACUCCCUUAAAUCCUACACUCUCAGUAAAGACGAGUGUUUCAGUUUGAAAGUAAAAGAGUCCGGUAACGGAAGAAAAGUCCCCGAGCUUGUUUUGGAGAGACAGCUGGACAGAGAGAGGAAGGCUGUCCACGAGCUGCUUUUGACUGCGUUGGACGGAGGCAAUCCGGUGAGAUCGGGAAAUUCAAAGAUAACGGUCACCGUUUUGGAUGUUAAUGAUAAUGUGCCUCAGUGUGAGAAACCAGUUUACAAAGCCUCCGUCAAUGAGCGAGCCUCGAAGGGCACGUUAAUCAGCAAAGUCAAAGCGACUGAUAGUGACGAGGGCUUAAACGGGGAAGUAACGUAUUCAUUUGGUGAACGUACAUCGGAUGCUGUGUUGGCUACAUUUGAUAUGGAUCCGGUUACAGGAGAAAUUACGCUGAAAGGUGAUUUAGAUUUCGAGGAUACCGCAAAUUAUGAAAUCGACGUAAAUGUAAAGGAUAAAGGCUCCCCGUCGAUGGAGGGCCAUUGCUCUCUCCACCUGGAGGUUGUAGACGUUAACGACAAUGCUCCAGAAAUAGUUUUAACCUCCCAGCCUAAUCCUGUGCGUGAAGACGCGCCCACAGGCACGGUAGUAGCCUUGAUCAGUGCCCGAGACCGCGACUCCGGUGAAAACGGAAAAGUGAAGUUACAGCUCCCGAAGAGCUCUCCAUUCAGUCUGAAACCCUCCUUCUCUAAUAAUUACGCACUGGUCACCAGCGGUGGUUUAGACCGAGAGAGCUUCUCAGAGUAUAAUAUUGAGUUAACAGCAACUGAUGCAGGCUCUCCUCCCCUCAGUAGUCAGAAAACUAUUCCUGUCACCAUCAUUGAUGUGAAUGACAACCCUCCUGUAUUCUCUCAGCCCUCCUAUAAUGUCUAUAUAAAAGAGAAUACGCUACCAGGCUCAAUACUUUACUCGGUAUCAGCAUCUGAUCUGGAUUUUGGUGACAACGCCAAGAUCUCCUACUCCAUCCUGGACUCUAAAGUACAGGACGUGUCUGUGUCGUCCUAUGUUUACAUCAACUCUGACAAUGGCAGCAUCUACAGCAUGCACUCGUUUGAUUAUGAGAAACUGAAGGUGUUUCAGAUCCAGGUGCAGGCUAAAGACCAGGGCUCUCCGUCUCUGAGCAGCAACGCCACUGUCCACGUUUUUAUCCUGGACCAGAACGACAAUGCCCCCUCUGUUAUUUACCCCUCCCCCGCUAUUCUGGGGUCACUCUCUCAUCAGAGGAUGCCCCGUUCUGCAAAAGCUGGACAUCUGGUUACCAAGGUAACGGCCGUGGACGCAGACUCGGGCCAUAACGCCUGGAUCUCCUAUAAGUUGUCAGAGGCCACAGACGCCUCUCUGUUCACUGUCAGUCUUUACACAGGGGAGGUGAGGACUAAACGUGCUGUGUCCGAGCAGGACGACUCCUCUCAGAGGCUUCUCAUAGAGAUCAAGGACGACGGAGAACCGGUCCAGUCCGCCACGGUCACAGUGUCUGUUCUCAUUGAGGAUGGACUUCAUGAGCCCAUUCUGGAUCUUAGACACAAAGUCAACGAGCCCAGCAAGAAAAGUGGGAGGAUCACCCUGUACUUGAUCCUCUCUCUGGCCGGGGUGUCCGUACUGUCUGUGCUGACUUUUCUCAUUUUAGCAGUUAAGUGUAUUAAGAACAGCAGGGACAGCGGUAGCUGCUGCAUGAGACGGAGCGACUGUGACGACUACAAGAACCCCAACAGAAACCUGCAGAUCCAGCUCAACACUGACGGACCUAUUAAAUAUGUGGAGGUCCUGGGAGGGGACAUGAUGUCCCAGAGUCAGUCCUUCAGGUCCUGUCUCUCUCCCAUGUCAGAGUACAGCGAUUUCACCCUGGUUAAGCCCAGCAGCACCACUGACUUUAAGGAGAUGAUCAGUGUUUUAGACGCGUCUUUGCCAGACAGCGCCUGGACCUUUGAGAGCCAGCAGGUGAGCAGAGUGUAA